CGCGCGCCUGCGCAGUGUGUGCGGAUUAUUGCUUGAGCGGCACGUGAGCGCGGAGCAGAGGGGUGCAGAUUGUGCAGAGCGUUUAAUCCCAAGCGGGGAGGAGAAAGAAAUCAUCGGCCAAAAUGUCUGGUAUGGCGGCCGCCAGCUGCGAGUCUCAGCCCUCGAGCACAGAAACCCAGGAGAAGAAGCCACUGAAGCCGUGCUGCGCAUGUCCCGAAACCAAGAAGGCACGAGAUGCCUGCAUCAUCGAGAGGGGCGAAGACCAGUGCCGGCAUCUUAUAGAGGCGCACAAGGAGUGCAUGAGGUCCCUCGGGUUCAAAGUAUGAGUGGAGCCUGGUCUGUUACACGUGUGAGGGAGCGAAUCUGCUGCUUGUGGAAUUUUAAGUUAUUUUUUGGUGGGGAGGAAUAAUAUAUAAAUCUAUGUCUGGAUGAAGAGCUCCUGCUGGGAUUUUCCGUAGAGCGCGUGAACGUCCGCCUUGUCUGGGGGUCCGAUGUGCAAAGUCUAUUUUAUUAAACAACGGAAAAGAAAAA